AUGUCGUCGCCGGAGCGCCGAAGCGAGGACGUAGCUGCAAAGAAGGACGAGGUCACCAACGACAGCGGCGAAAACAACGAAGCAUCCAUCAGCAAUCAAUACUUCGAUAUCUAUGGACCUCAAGCGAAGCCAGAAAUUGCUUUCAAGACUCCAGAAGCUAGCUUGAAGCUGAAUCUUCAGGAUAUUCAAGGACUUGUGACCUGGGUGCUUGCUGAAGGGUUCAUGCCUUCUUGGGUGUUUAUUAAGAACAAGCCUCUUAUUCCAAAAGUGGUUAUGGCUUAUGUGCCUGGCCUAGAUGCAGCUUUGUACUUAUCGAAACCCAAGUUGUUCGCUGGUUUUAAAGAAUGCUGUGGGAAACCGAAGGCACAGUUAGCUAUUAGCUGUGUAACAGAUCGAAUGCAGACAAUAGAUGCUCUUCUAACAUGCAAGUCAAAAAGAAAGAGAGAUGAAGUCGAUUCAGAUUCAAAGAAAUCUGCUCCUGCUUCUGAACAAGAGAGGAGUGUUUCAGGCCUUGAAAAUUUGUCUUUCGCGGAGCUUGUGAAAGGGGUACCUUUUCCCCCGGCAUACUAUACGCUGACAUCUGAACAACUAGAGACCAAUGGAUAUUGUCCUGACCAACCGGGCUUUCUCUCUACCCUUCCUGUUCCUGGUAGCUCUCCUCGACAUGAUAUCCUGGCAGUUGACUGUGAAAUGUGUGUCACUAAAGAUGGCUUUGAGCUAACAAGAAUAACCCUGGUGGAUGUUGCAGGACAGGUAUUGUUGGAUAAAUUGGUUAAACCAGCAAAUGACAUUGUUGAUUACAAUACAAGAUUUAGUGGAAUUACAUAUGAAAUGCUGAAUGAGGUGACCACGACUCUUAAAGAUGUUCAGGAUGAUUUUCUAAAACUGGUUAACCAAGAAACCAUCCUCGUCGGUCAUUCCCUUGAGAACGAUUUAUUAGCACUAAAGAUCUCUCACAAAUUGGUGAUUGAUACUGCUGUGCUAUACAAACAUCCACGAGGUGGCUCUUAUAAAACCGCUCUUCGAAUUCUUGCCAAGAAAUUCCUCUCCAGGGAGAUACAACAAUCUGGUGCUGGACAUGACAGCAUUGAAGAUGCAAGAGCUGCAUUAGAACUUGCAUUGCUAAAGAUAAAAAAUGGACCCGAUUUCGGUUCUCCUCCAUCUUUUACUCGGAAAAAGCUCCUUUCAACGCUGGGCGAGUGUGGCAAAACCUCCUCUAUGAUCGAUGAUAUCUCCAUAGUAAAGCGCUACUCUUCCGAGACAUCCAAUGCUUUUCCUGUAUGUUCAGAUGAUGAAGCCCUUUUGAAAGCCAAAAAGGAGGUGAAGAAUGAACGGACACAUUUCAUCUGGACCCAAUUUUCGGAGUUGAAUUCCUUUUACGAAAAGCAAGUGGAGGAUGCAGAGAAUUUGAAUGGAAAGCUUGCUGAAAUGCUAUCGCUGCUUACGUGUGAGAAGAAGUCUGUCAAUAAGAAAGGCAUUCAUUGUGGGAUGACAACCGAGUUGAAGGACGUCAUAACUCGCUUGAAUAGAAGGAUUCGUGGGCUGUAUGCAGCUCUACCGACUAAUACCAUGCUCAUCAUUUGCACCGGCCAUGGAGACACGGCAAUUGUCCGGAAACUGAGGAAGAUGUUAGGGGACCAAAGCGAGACGAAGAUGAGUAGGGAGAGCAUUCUGAAGGUCUUGGAAGAGCUUCAAGCCCAAGCAGAAGUAGCUUUGUGUUUCCUAGGCUUGAAGAACUAG